AUGACCGGCGACGCUGUGUGGACGCCCGAGCGCUUCUAUGCAGAGUACGAGGCGCCUGCAGGCUAUGACGGCCACCUAGAGCAGGUGCGCACUGUGCGGUACCUGGAUAACUUUUCCGCAGGCACGCGCGGAGCCGCCUCGGCAGAGUACUUCCUCGCCGCGGGCUACGCGGUGAUCUUUAUGAGCAGGCAGCACAGCCAGUUUCCUUUUACGCGCCUCUACAGUCACACCACGAACCCUUUCUUUGACAUUCUGCAGGAGCCAGAGACGAGCGAUGCGGGCAGCGGUGCGACGGUGCAGGUGCAAGAGGACCAGGUCGGGGCGCUCCUCCCCGUUCUCCACGCGUACCACCAGGCGCGGCAGUCGGGGCGGCUGCUCACGGUGCCGUUUGUGACCGUGGUCGAGUACCUCUUUCUGCUGCGCGGCAUCAGCGAGGCGAUGGCGCCGCUGGGCUCUUAUGCGAUGCACUACCUCGCUGCGGCCGUCAGCGACUUUUUUAUUCCCACCAACCGCAUCUCGGAGCACAAGAUCCAGUCCACAGACGGCGCCCUGCAGAUUACCAUGGACCCCGUGCCCAAGGUCCUCGCGAACCUCGUGCACGACUGGGUCCCCCAUGCAUACGUCGUGAGCUUCAAGCUGGAGACCGACGACUCUUUGAUCAUCCCCAAGGCAGAAAAGUCGCUCGAGCGCUACGGCCACCAGCUCGUGAUCGGCAACGACCUCGCGCGCCGCAAGACAGAGGUCGUGCUGAUCGAGCACGCGGCGCGGGCGGAUGCCAGCGCGAAGGAGCGCUUUACCAACGAGUACAUUCAUCUGCCUAAGGAUGCGCACGGGCGCGAGAUCGAGCAAGAUAUCAUUGCCGCACUCCAGGAGCGGCACAACCGCUGGAUCGAGGCGCAAGGGCAAUCAUAG